AUGUCUGAUGUCUACUUAGUUACUGGUGGAUCUGGUUAUCUUGCUGGUUUCGUCCUUCUCAACUUGCUUGAACAAGGAGCAAAGAUCAAGACCACUCUUCUCUUCCCUGAAGAAGAAGCUCAAUUGAGAGAAUCGUUGUACUCCUCAAGCGACAAUCUUACUAAGGAGAUUGUCGAUGCAAAUUUGAAGGUUUACCAAGCCGAUGUGACUUCGGAUGACCACUGGACCGAAAUCUUUCAAGAUGUCAACUAUGUUCUUCACUUAGCUUCUCCUUUCCCUCUAGUUCCUCCCAAAGAUCCAAAUGACUUGAUUAUUCCAGCAAGAGAAGGUACUUUACGUAUCAUCCGCUUUGCUUCGAAAACGAACACUGUCAAGCACAUGGUCGCCACAUCAUCUUUUGUUGCAAUUGGAUUUGGUCACGAGAAACCAGUGUUUACCGAAGAGGACUGGACUGACACAGAAAAAGUGGAUGCAUACCCACUUUCCAAGACUUUGGCUGAAAGGGCUGCUUGGGAGUAUAUUAAAUCCACCCCCGUCAAAUUUGGCUACACUACUAUUAACCCAGUCUUGAUGAUUGGACCUUCCUUGAAGAAGCAAGUUACCAACUCAACUUCAUUGAACAUCAUCAAGAGUAUGUUCGACGGUACAAACAAGGAUGGAGUUAGACCUGAAACUGUUCAUCUUGUGGACAUCAGAGAUGCUGCCAAGUUGCACAUUAAAGCUUUGACCAAUAAAAAAGCAUCUGGACAAAGAAUCUUGGUAGCCUCAGGCCCUACCAUUACGUGGGUUGAUGUUGCCAACGUCUUGAGAACUACACUUCCAGAAAAGUACCAUAUAAAUUUACCAACCAGAGAAACCGGACCUAGUGAAGUUCGUAAGAUCCUCAGCAUCGAAAAGGCAAAGAGAAUCUUCAACUGGACUCCAAUUCCAUUUGAAGAGUCUUUGGCCGAAGCUGCCAAAGGUAUCAUUCAGGAAGGAAAGGUCUAA